AUGAACGCCCAACGCUUCUCGUCCUCCCUGGCUCGAACACUCCUCCACCCCUCCCCCUCUCUAUCCUUCGCAGCGAGAAACACUGCCAGCUUUACACAAGUCAGACGCACCAUGGCCAGCUUCCAGAAAAUCAAGGUCAAGAACCCGGUGGUCGAACUCGAUGGCGACGAGAUGACGAGGAUCAUCUGGAAGGAUAUCAAGGACAAAUUCAUCCACCCGUACCUGGAUAUCGACCUAAAGUACUACGAUUUGGGACUCGAAUACAGAGACGAGACCAACGAUCAGGUCACAAUUGAUUCUGCCGAGGCCAUUAAAAAAUACAGCGUUGGUGUCAAGUGCGCGACUAUUACGCCUGAUGAGGCGCGAGUAGAGGAGUUCAAGCUCAAGCAGAUGUGGUUAUCUCCAAACGGCACAAUCAGAAAUGCUCUUGGAGGCACAGUCUUCAGAGAACCCAUCGUUAUUCCCCGAAUCCCACGUCUCGUACCCGGCUGGAAGAAGCCCAUCAUCAUCGGACGCCACGCAUUCGGAGAUCAAUACCGCGCGAAAGACAAAGUGAUUACGGGAAAUGGCAAGCUCUCCAUGGUCUUCACGCCCGAGGGAGGCAAGCCUGAGGAAAUUGAGGUUUACCAGUUCAAGAACGGUGGCGGCGUUGCGCAGACUCAAUACAAUACAGAUGAGAGUAUCACUGGGUUCGCACAUGCUAGUUUCAAGCUCGCCAUAAGCAAGAGCCUGCCGCUGUAUAUGAGCACCAAGAACACGAUUCUGAAGAAGUAUGAUGGGCGGUUCAAGGAUAUUUUCCAGGAGGUGUAUGAGAAGGAUUAUAAGAGCGAGUUUGAGAGCAAGAAGAUCUGGUAUGAGCAUCGUCUUAUUGAUGAUAUGGUUGCGCAGAUGAUGAAGAGCUCUGGGGGUUACAUUAUGGCUUUGAAGAACUACGACGGAGACGUGCAAUCCGACAUCGUAGCUCAAGGUUUCGGCUCCCUCGGCCUCAUGACAUCCGUCCUCAUCACACCUGAUGGCAAGACUUUCGAAUCCGAAGCCGCCCACGGCACCGUCACGCGCCACUACCGCGAGCACCAAAAAGGCAACGAGACAUCCACCAACCCCAUCGCCUCCAUCUUCGCCUGGACCCGUGGGCUCGUACAACGAGGCACCCUUGACGAGACGCCUGAUGUCGUAGCAUUCGCCGAGAGUCUAGAGAAGGCGUGUAUAGAUACUGUUGAUGAGGAUGGCAUUAUGACCAAGGACUUGGCGCUCGCGUGUGGGAAGACCGGACGCGAGGAUUAUGUUACUACAACUGAGUACUUGAAUGCUGUGGAGAGGAGGAUGAAGACUUUGUUGAAGCAGAAGCUUUAG